CACCCAAUUAACGCAAAUUUCUGGAUUUUGAUCUCUUAUGCUCUGCUAUUGUUUAUAACUUUCUCAGAAGACAACCACAAUAUGGCCAUUACCAGUUUUAAUGAAAACCCGUGGGAAGUAAAUCGGAAGGCGAUGGCGACGUGUUUUCUUGAUUGGGUUCGAAUCGGCUGUGAUAUAAACGCUUCACUUUUCUUGGGUGUAAUGUGUUUCGAAACGUUUGACUUCCGGUUUCGAAUGGGAAUUUUUUGAUCAGACACCCACUUAUUUAGCAGAAAGGAACUAAUUAUUUGGAUUUAAUUUUGGCGACCACUGUGAGAACUUUUGUUUGAUUUUCGUGUUUAUUGCGUGGAAUGUGGACAUGGAGAAAGGUAAGAGUAUUUCUUAUUUCUAUUUUCUUUUGGAGAGAUUUUUUUUAAUGAUGUGAAUUUUAAGGGCCUAGGGUACGCUUUUCGGGCUUCAGUCUUCUAUCGCUGCCCAACAAUUUUCCCCUUUCGUAUGAAUUUAGGGGCUACGGACUGUGUCUUGUCGUCGAUUUUUCUUGAUCUCAUCCCGCUGGAUGUUCAAAUAUCCUUGAUUAUUCCCAUUGGGUCGGUGGGUUCUUCCAUUUCUGUCGUCGGAGGCGGUGAAUUUCAUUUUGCUUCUUCCGGUGGAGGUUGGUUCGUUUAAUUUUGAGGUUUUCUCUUAUGGGUUUCGCUUUGGAGCUUCGAUUAUGAUUGUUUUUGUGGUUAUCCUUGAAGUGAUUUUGCUCACCCUGCAGCUGAAUGUAUUCUUUGCUCUUCCACUACAUGUUGAUCACAGUUGUAGAUUCUUAACAGAUAGGGUUUGAGUUCUUAAUAAGUUCUGCAUUCUAUUUUUGCAUAAAUUUUGUGGUGAGGUGGGUGAGUUUUAGGGUUUAACUGUUGGUCCGGUAAAAAUUAGAGGUUCUGGACGGCUUUGAUUUUGAUCUUAAAGCCGUUUCUGAGGGGCUUUGGAAUGAUGGCAUUGUUUCAUCCUCAGAAUGAAAAUUCAGGUUCUUUAAUUCUAUGUCAUGUCCAAUGGGUAUUGUUCUCCGAGAUUUUUAACUGAUUCCAGGGUGUUGGGGCUCUGCUUUGGGGAAUGUUUGUGUUCUAACGGUUCCUCGAGGAAGUGGAAAGGUCUCAUUGCUUAAGGAACUUCGCUUAAUGCAAUUUUCUCCCGAUUAUUCCUGUAAAUCAUGCUUCAUUCCAUAGGAGCUGCGAGACAAACUUGUAGCUUACUUGCUGUUACCUGUGGAAGAUUGCCUAAAGUAAAAUGCGAGGAGGAUGUUGCCGAGCAUAAUCUGAAAUACCCCUUUCCAGAAUUGGUCUCUUCCGGACGAUUGGAGGUCCAAGUUCUAACAAAUCCAAGCAAGAAUGAGUUCGGUAGAAUUGUCGAAUCAUGUCAACCGAGCUUUGUCUACUUGCAAGGGGAGCAACUUGAGAAUGACGAACUUGGGUCGUUGGUUUGGAAUGGUGUUGAUUUAUCUCUUGAAGAUUUAUGUGGACUAUUCGAUACUGCAUUACCAACCACCGUGUACUUAGAACUCCCAAAUGGAGGCAAAAUAGCGGAGACUCUUCAUUCUAAGGGAAUUCCUUAUGUCAUAUAUUGGAACAACACAUUUUCAUGUUAUGCUGCUGCUCAUUUCCGCAAUGCAUUACUUUCUGUGGUGGAGAGUUCAUCUACUCAUACAUGGGAUGCUUUUCAGCUUGCACAUGCUGCUUUUAGGCUUCAUUGUGUGGGGAGAAAUUAUGCUCUUCCUGGGAAUGCUGACGAUUUUAGGAGUGAUCUAGAGCCUCAACUUAUUGGAGAACCUCCAAAGAUUAACAUAGAACCGCCUGAGCUAGAUGCUGGUGAAGAUGAAGAUGCUUCUUUAGAAGCCGUCCCUGUUAUAAGUGUACAUGAUAAUAAUGUGACCAUGAGACUUCUCAUCUGUGGAUUGCCUUGCACACCGGAUGCGUGCUUAUUGAGAUCAUUGGAGGAUGGCCUUAAUGCCCUUUUGAAUAUUGAAAUACGUGGGAGUAAACUUCAGGGAAAGUUCAGUGCUCCUCCGCCACCUCUUCAAGCAGGAUCCUUUUCUCGCGGCGUUGUGACAAUGCGAUGUGAUAUAGUGACCUGUAGUUCGGCCCACAUCUCAGUAUUGGUGUCUGGUAGUGCUCAUACUUGUUUUGAUGAUCAGCUGCUGGAAAAACAUAUCAAACAUGAGAUUAUUGAAAAUAGCCAAUUGGUUCAUGUCAUGCAUGAUUGUGAGGGCAACAAACAUCACAUGCACAAGCCUCGAAAAUCUGCUUCAGUUGCUUGUGGGGCAACAGUUUUUGAGGUUUCGAUGAAGGUUCCCGCUUGGGCAUCACAGGUCUUGAGGCAACUAGCACCUGAUAUGUCACAUCGGAGUUUAGUUGCACUUGGCAUUGGGGGAGUUCAGGGUUUUCCUGUUGCUUCCUUUGAGAAAGAGGAUGCCGAGCGGUUGCUCUUCUUUUGUUCAAGGGACGAGAAUGAUAAACAUUCAGAUCAGUUGCUUGUAAGUGUACUGCCACACUGGUUUAAACCACCUACUCCUAGUAGAAAGAGAGUGGAACCAAGUCAAGGAAUGAGGAAUACUCUCUCUCAUGACAGUCUCGCCUAUGCAAAUAUCCCUUCAGUUAGAAGAGUAGGUAGAGAGGAGCCUGCCCCAAUGAAUGGGUUUAAGGCACCCUUACUCCCGGCUAGGAAAAGAUUAAAAGUAGCCACCAUGAAGCCUAUUCCACUUGUGCAUAGGAAUAAAAUGAAACUUUUCUCUGGAUGGACUGAAGGAGAUGGUAAUAGUGGAGGCCAGCCCAAGGCUAGUUUGCCCGCCGUUACCCCGUCCAAGCAUGUAACUGUAGGAUCAACUUCUGCAACACAAAGAAAAUCAUUUUCAAGCUCAUCUCAGUCUAAGCAGCAAAUUAUUCCCUUAAAUCCACUACCUUUAAAGAAACAUGGCUGUGGAAGAAAUCCAGUUCAAGAUUGCUCUGAGGAGGAGUUCUUGAAGGAUGUUAUGGAGUUUUUACUACUUCGAGGACAUUCACGACUUAUUCCUCAAGGUGGAGUUGAGGAGUUCCCAGAUGCCGUACUCAAUGGGAAGCGUCUUGACCUCUAUAACUUGUAUAAGGAGGUGGUCACCCGAGGAGGUUUUCAUGUCGGCAAUGGUAUCAAUUGGAAGGGGCAGAUCUUCUCUAAGAUGCACAAUUACACAAUGACCAAUAGAAUGACUGGUGUUGGAAAUACAUUGAAAAGACAUUAUGAGACUUACCUUCUAGAAUAUGAAUUGGCUCAUGAUGAUGUAGAUGGAGAAUGUUGCCUUUUGUGUCACAGUAGUGCAGCAGGGGAUUGGGUGAACUGUGGUAUUUGUGGUGAAUGGGCCCAUUUUGGGUGCGACCGGAGGCAGGGUCUUGGUGCAUUUAAGGAUUAUGCCAAAACAGAUGGGUUAGAGUAUGUUUGUCCACAUUGUAGCAUUACAACUUACAAGAAGAAACCACAUAGUGUAGCAAACGGGUCUCCGCAAGGAAUAACAAAUCCACGGAUACCUUGAGUCAUUUUUGGUCUUCGUCUCAGCACAGUCAUUUUUUCCGCCUAUUCUUAUCCUGCAUCAGAAAUUAUUCAUUGUUUGGAUUCGUAGAUGAGUUUUAUUUGAGGUGGUGUGCUGCUAAACCAUUAACUGAAGAGUAAAUUUAUGAGACUCAGGAUGAAGAGACUGUAGGUGAAGAGAACUAAAGCACAGAGGGAAAAGCAGAAUUGGUGCAUAGGUUCUUUUUUUUUUUUUUACUCUCUCUAGGUAGUAGUUUAGGAGGAAAGUUAGUUAGCAGCAUGGCAGU